GGGGUCGGGGCGCGCAUCUCCCGCCCUGCGCGCGGGCUGCGGUUCCCCGGCCUCGCCCGGCUGCGCCCGGCCUGCGCGCCCCCGGAGCCGCCUGUGCCCACGGAUGGGCUGGGGAAGCGGGGAGGAGCGAGCCCGAGCCCGCGCGGGGCGCGCCCAGCCGCCGCCCGACUUGGCGCCCGCAGUCCGGGCGCAGCGCGCCAGCCGCAGGAGCGCGGACGCCCCCCGGAGCCGCGGGCUGGCAGGUUUGGGGUCCUGAGGCUGCCGGCAGACUAUGGGUACAACGGCCAGUACCGCCCAGCAGACAGUUUCGGCGGGCGCCCCCUUUGAGGGCCUCCAGGGCGGAGGCACGAUGGACGGUCCGCACUCACUCAGCGUCCACUCCUUCCAGAGCACAGGCUUGCACAACAGUAAGGCCAAGUCCAUCAUCCCCAACAAAGUGGCCCCCGUCGUGAUCACGUAUAAUUGCAAGGAGGAGUUCCAGAUCCAUGAUGAGCUGCUCAAGGCCCAUUACACGCUGGGCCGCCUGUCAGAUGCCACCCCUGAGCACUACCUGGUGCAGGGACGCUACUUCCUGGUGCGGGAUGUUGCUGAGAAGAUGGAUGUGCUGGGCACUCUGCGGGGCUGUGGGGCCCCCAACUUUCGGCAAGUGCAGGGUGGGCUCACCGUGUUUGGCAUGGGACAACCCAGCCUCUCUGGAUUCAGGCAGGUUCUCCAGAAACUCCAGAAGGACGGACACAGGGGGUGCAUCAUCUUCUGUGUGCGGGAGGAGCCCGUGCUCUUUCUGCGCGCCGACGAGGACUUCGUGCCCUACACACCCCGAGAUAAGCAGAAUCUUCACGAGAACCUCCAGGGCCUUGGACCCGAGAUCCAAGUAGAGAGCUUAGAGCUGGCCAUCCGGAAAGAGAUCCACGACUUUGCCCAGCUGAGUGAGAACACCUAUCACGUCUACCACAACAUUGAGGACCUGCUGGGGGAGCCCCACUCUGUUACCAUCCGGGGCGAGGACGAUGUGCUCGUGACCAAGGAGGUGUUCCAGCGGCCCCUCUUCCUGCAGCCCACCUACAGGUACCACCGCCUGCCCCUGCCAGAGCAAGGGGCCCCCCUGGAAGCCCAGUUUGAUGCCUUUGUGAGUGUCCUCCGGGAAACCCCCAGCCUGCUGCUGCUCCGAGAUGCCCACGGGCCCCCCCCUGCUCUCCUCUUCAGCUGCCAAACGGGCGUGGGCAGGACCAACCUGGGAAUGACCCUGGGUACCCUCGUCCUGUUUCACCACAGCAGGGCUGCCUUGAGGCCCGAGGCUGUCCCCCUGCAGACCAAGCCACUGCCCCUGGAGCAGCUCCAGGUGAUCCAGAGCUUUCUCCACAUGGUGCCUCAGGGGAGGAAGAUGGUGGAGGAGGUGGACAGAGCCCUCACUGCCUGCGCGGAGCUGCAUGACCUGAAGGAGGUAGUCUUGGAACGCCAGAAGAAGCUGGAAGGCACCCGGCCAGAGGGCCCAGCCCAGGGCCGCAGCAGCCAGCACGGUGUCCGGCAGAGGGCACUGCAGAACCUGGAGCAAUACUUUUACCUGAUCCUGUUUAAUUACUAUCUGCAUGAACAGUACCCGCUGGCCUUUGCCCUCAGUUUCAGCCGCUGGCUGUGUGCCCAUCCUGAGCUGUACCGCCUGCCUGUGACGCUGAACUCCGCGAGCCCCGUGGCCCCAGGGGACCUCAUCACGAAGGGCUCUCUGGUGGCAGACGACCUUGUCUCCCCGGAUGCACUCAGCACCAUCAGAGAGAUGGAUGUGGCCAACUUUCGACGGGUGCCCCGCAUGCCCAUCUAUGGCACGGCCCAGCCCAGCGCCAAGGCCCUGGGGAGUGUCCUGGCCUACCUGACUGAUGCCAAGAGGAAGCUACGGCAUGUUGUGUGGGUCAACCUGAGGGAGGAGGCCGUGCUGGAGUGUGAUGGGCACACCCACAGCCUGCGGUGUCCUGGGCCCCCCAUGGCCUCCGACCAGCUUGAGCACCUGGAGUCCCAGCUGAAGGCCCACCUGAGCACGCCUCUCUCGGGCACUGGCAGUCCACCGACCCGCAGGUUCCAGACAUGCCUGACCAUGCAGGAGGUCUUCAGCCAGCACCGGGCUACCUACCCUGGCCUCACGUACCACCGCAUCCCCGUGCCAGACUUCUGUGCGCCCUGCGAGAAGGAUUUUGACCGACUGCUCGAGGCUCUGCGGGCCGCCCUCGCCCUGGACGCGGGCACCGGCUUCGUGUUCAGCUGCCUCAGCGGCCAGGGCCGGACCACCACAGCCAUGGUGGUGGCCGUGCUCACCUUCUGGCACAUCCAGGGCUUCCCCGAGGUGGACGAGGAGGAACUCGUGAGUGUGCCCGAUGCCAAGUUCACCAAGGGCGAGUUUGAGGUGGUGAUGAAGGUAGUGCAGCUGCUGCCCGAUGGGCACCGUGUGAAGAAGGAGGUAGAUGCAGCCCUGGACACGGUCAGUGAGACCAUGACGCCCAUGCACUACCACCUGCGCGAAAUCAUCAUCUGCACCUACCGCCAGGCGAGAGCGGCCAAAUUGGAGCAGGAGGCCAGGAGGCUGCAGCUGCGCAGUCUGCAGUACCUGGAGCGUUACGUGUACCUGGUGCUCUUCAACGCUUACCUCCACCUGGAGAAGGCGGACUCCUGGCGGAGGCCCUUCAGCUCGUGGAUGUGGGAGGUGGCAUCAAAGGCCGGUGUCUACGAGAUCCUCAAUCAGCUGGGCUUCCCGGAGCUGGAGAGCGUGCAGGCCCAGCCCUUCUCCAGACUGCGCUGCAGGUGGCAGGAGCAGAGCCGCAGCCCCGAGCCCUCGGCUGCUGGAGACUUCCUGUAGGACGUGCUGCCCCAGGCCCUGCCGCCCCCUUUUACAGGGCCCCGUGCAGGCUGGGGGUGCACCAGGUGCUCUUCAGGGAGAGCGGUCCCAAGGAGCCCAUUCCUCAGCUUCCCAGAGAGCCUGGGGUGGGGUGGGCACCCUUUAUUAAAACCAGCUUUUUAUAGGACAAGUAGCGCACAGUUAUACUUGUAAACAGCAGCCGCGUGGACCUCUGGGAAGGCCUCGUGUGUGCCUUGCAGGCUGCAGACGGUUUCCAAGGAGCUCAGUGCCAGCCAAAGCUCUCACCAUGUCCAUGCACGCCCUCCUCUCCCGCCUCAGUGAGGUCCUCACAGCCUCGGGUGCAGAGCUGCUUUCCCCAUCUUGUGUUCUCUUGCUGCCCUCCCCACUCAGCCUCUCCCCACUUGCUGCCUCAGCCCUGCCCUGGGGCCCCUGGCUCCCCAGUGAGUGGACAGGCUCUGGUGGAUUUGUCACCUCACUGGCAGCUGUACCAGUUUCCUUGCCUCUCAUGCCCUGUCUCCAACCUGGAGAUUCCAAGAAGCACAACUACUGUCCUGCUGGGUCUGGUGGAGGCUCUGCCUCUCGUUCCCUUCCCCCUGUCCCUCCCUUGGGGCUGGCGGGACCGUGGAGGUCCCCAAGGAGCUAGAAGGGAAGAGUCCCUCUCGGGGGGAAGGCCCUUCUAGGUGGAUGCAGCCCCGUGGAAGAGGCCUGCUCCAUUUCCCUGGGAGCCAGGGCGGGAGGUGCAGAGAGAGCCCAAGCCCUCAGAGGCAGGUCCCUGUGCACGUCUUCCCUGCCCUGGAGCCCCGCUCGGCCCCAGGUCCCCCGCCGCUGCAGCAGGAGCCCCGAGGACUGCUGGGCGACCCCGAGUGAACAGUGGAGUAUGUGAGUCUGCAGGCCAAGGGAAGUUCCAGGCCAUUCUUGCUGAGGACCCCUGAGCUUCACUCCAGAGGGAGCAGAGGGGCCGAGGCAUGGUGAGUGGGAAGCCUCAGGAGCAGCUCUGUCCCCACGGUGGGAAGGCUGCUGGGCCUUGAGUCUUGCGCUUCUUCCUCUGGGGCCCACUGUCCGCCAAAGCCCUGGGGGCUGUGGCCGGUGCAGAGGCCGCCCUCCUGGCCUGGCUCGUGGCGGCCCGGGAGCCCUCCCUGGGUGGGUGCGUGCACUUCUGCAGAAAAACAGGUGGGUGGACGUGUCUCUGGUCACGGGAGAAGAGGCCAGAGUUGUUCACAUCUACCUACUAUUGGAAAACAUUUGGCCUUCUUGGCUGAAGUCUUCUGCAAAACUACUGUAUGUUUGUUCACUACCUUUUCCCAUUUGUUUUUGUUUUUAUUUUUGCAUCUAUUAGAGAGUUUUCAUUUCUUUGCAGACAAGGUCUAGAUGAGGGGUCAGAGAUUAGGCUGAACUGUGAGGGAUCCUCUGUGUUCUCACGGGUGGCCCUGACUUUCAGCGGUGCUGGGACCACUGGCCGGUUGCUGCGCCUCUUUGCCUCAGUUUCCCCGUUUGUAAAAUGGGAGAAUAAUACUUGCCUACCUACCUCACAGGGGUGUUGUGAGGAUUCAUUUGUGAUUUUUUUUUUGUACAGAGCUUUUGAGCAUUAAAAAUGGCUAAAUGUGAA